AUGUCGACGGGCUCCUCGGCCUUCUCGCCGCGCUCUCGGGUGAGCCAGGCGCUAGACCUCCCGUCCUCCCUGGUGUGCCCUUUGAGCCUCCAGCUCUUCGAGGACCCCGUGACCGUGGAGCCUGAGAAUCCGGCCCAGGGUGCCAACACCUUCGAGCGCCAGGAGAUUCAAGCGUGGUUCCGGCAAGGCCGCCAGACGGACCCGCUCACCAACCUGGCCCUGAAGAGCCAGCAGCUCACCCCGAACCUUGCAGUUCGAAAGCUGGUGGAGGAAUUCAGAGACAAGCAUCGAGAGCUUGCGGCGGCGCUGAAGGACCUGGAUGACAAGUACCGCAUCGCACAGGUCACGGCGGAGAGCUCGCGGUCUGCGGUGGUGCCGCUGAGAUUCCUCUGCAAGAUCACCAAUGCCAUCAUGAAGAUCCCCGUGCGUGCCAAGGAUGGUUUCGUUUACGACGAGGCCGCUUUCCUGGCCCACGUGCGCGACUGCCGGAGCCGUGGCGUUCCUAUCACGUCGCCCACCACCAAGGAUCCCAUGGAGGAGAGCUACGAGGAUGGAGCCGAGCUUGCGAAGGAGAUCAAGCAGUUUCUCGCCACGACCUUCAACGCCCGCGCGACGCCUGAGCUGGCAAAUGGCAGUUCCAUGAUCAACCUCAGCAGCCUCUUCUCCGCGCUGGACGACUUGCAGGAUGUGCUCGUGGAGACCCUGGGUUCCUGGGAGCCGCCCUUCUUGGUGGUCUUCGGCGCCGAGAGCGUCGGCAAGUCCUCCCUUCUCCAGCGCCUGAGCCUGCUGCCCUUCUUCCCCACGGACAAGGUGCGCUGCACGAAGAUGCCGCUGAAGGUAAAGAUUCGCCGCGCGACUUCGCCUGGCCCUGCCUAUCUGCAGAUCUACGACGUGAAGAACAAGACGUACACAGGAGAGCCAAAGACCAUAUCCUUGCAGACCAGUGAGGCGGAAAUCGCCGAGCAGACCCGCGAAUUUCUGAACAGGGCAGGGCAGGAAGACAAGAUCUGUAUGGACUUCGAGCUUCAUGUCACGGCCAUUUCCGUGACCCUACCCCCCAUGAAUCUCGUGGACCUGCCUGGCAUCAUCAGCAUUGACCCGGUACUGAAAGAGAAGACGGAGGAGCUGCUGAAGCGUUACGUUCAGGCUUCCUCCAAAGACAUCUUCCUGGCCGUGUCCUCGGCAAACUCAGCCCCCUCCGACUGGACCUCCAUCCGGCUGGUCAGAGAGCAUGGCCUUGUAGACAGAAGCGUUGGAGUCAUCACGAACUGCGACCGGCUGAAAGCAGAUGAUGACGAAGACCAGCUGCUCCGCUCGUGGUUGAGCAACCAGGCAGGAGAGGGCUUCAUGCCCUUGGAGCCUCAUGGCUACGUGGCCGUGGUCAACGAGAAGUGUGGCAAAGUGAAGCAGGGAGAAAGCUACGCAGACUGGAUGAGGCGGCGAGCAGAGAAUGAGCUGCGGGUCUUCAACGACAACCUGCAAAUGCAGGACUGCGUUGAGGAAGGAAAGGCAUCCAUGCAGGCGCUGCUUGACCGCAUCGGCCGGAUGUAUUCCUGGCACGUGGUCCACAACUGGCUGCCCCUGACGGCAAAGAAGCUGAUGCAGGUCUGGCACGGCUGCUGCGAGGAGUUGACGGCCCUGGGCCUUCCACGCUCCAGCGGCGAUCUGGAAGGGGAAGCUCUCCAGCGGCUUAAGGCUGCGGCGCUCGCCGAAGUCCGCAGUCGGCUGGAGCCCGUGGUGUCUCGCACCAGGAGCUUCUUCCACGAGGAGAUCGCCAAGCCUAUGCAGGAGUACCUCUUCAAGCAGCUGGGCGACCUGGAGGAAGAGGCCGUGAACGUCCUGGAGCUGGACCUCCACCUGCGGAAUGCCUCCCACAAGAUCUGCCAAGGCCUGCCCCUCAAACCGCUCCCCGCAACCUUUGCUGACGAGCUGAGGAAGAUGAUGUCGGGCUUGUUGGACCGCAAAGAGGACUCGGCUUUCAAGCUGGAGCGGCUCCCUGGCCUGGCCCAGAGGUUGCAGCAGAAUCUGCAUGCUCAGAUGCCGAAGCUGGAUGUUGACAAGGUCCGAGCGCAAAUCACCGAGUACCUGAAGACGGCGUUGACACCAGAGGUCUCCGCCGUGCUCAAAGCCAACGCCGCCGAGUUCCCGGCCGGGACCCUGAAAAUGAAGGUGGACAAGGCGACCGUCAGCAUGGUGUGCCUCAACUUCCUGGGAAAAGCCUUUGAGGCCAUUUCCACGGAUGAGGCGCUUGAGGAGCGCAUCCUUGUUCCGGCCCUGAAGGACCAGGAGCAGGAAGCCGGCCACCACGCCCGUGAGCGAAUCUACGCGCGGAUGGAGCUUUGUGCGAAGUCGCUGCUGAAGCUGGCUGACAUGCACCGAAAGCACACCGACUCCGAAGACGGGGAUCUUCUUGAGCAGUGGUGGCCCUUCGACGCUCUUGGGCCUGUCUGCCUGACCCUUCAGGGCAAUCGCCGAGAGGACAGCGGCUUUCGAGAUGAGGCUUGCAACCUGGUGGCCACCGCCAUGUUCAAGCGCCUGCUGCAGAUGUCCGGCAGCCGUGCCAAAUUCAAGGUGGACGUCCGCUCAAGUCUCGAUCCCGCUGUUGCCAGCCAAGCACCGGCAGGGUUCGGAAGCAAAGGCGCCCUGUGCGAGGUGCAGGAUGUGGACGGUGCCAAGGGCUUCCGUGCCGUUGAGUUUCCUGCGCAGUUGAUCCCUUGGACAUGGGUUGAAGUUACCAACGUGGAUUCAGUGCUUCUUGACAGGUGGUACGAGGACCUAGUUGCCAUGCUGCGAUGCCCAGGUUCUGAGAGCGUCCGAUUGGAGCUCCUGUUCCGGGCCUCCCGCGAUGGGCACACGCCCCAAGCCUUCCACCAGCGAUGUGACAACCAGGGCCCGACCGUCGUGGUGGCUAAGAGCCAGGGCGGCCACCUCUUUGGCGGCUUCACGGAGGUGAGCUGGGACUCAUCCAACCAGUGGAAACAAUGCGGGCAAUCCUUCCUCUUUCGUCUGUCCGGCCCCGGCAACGUUCAGCCCUCCAAGCACCCGAUCAAAAAGAACGGCAACGUGAAUGGCAUAAGUUGCAUUAAUACAACUGGGCCUGCAUUUGGCGGCAGCGACGGCGUUAACAUGCAGAUCGUUCGGUACCAGGAUCAGAUGUCCAAAGUGCAUUUCCCCAACUUUGGCAGCUCUUACACCCCUGGGAACCUCAGCUGCUUGGCAGAAGGGCCGAAGGAUGUGCUGGCCAUUGACUAUGAGGUCUUCCGAGUCUCUAUUUCUUUGCCGUACUCCUUGUUGCUUGAUGUUGAUUCGUCUGAUCGACUGCUUUCCAUGUUGCCCCCAGGAGUUUAUUCAGGGGCUUUCCGCCUUCUCUUCCGGGCCUCCCGCGAUGGGCACACGCCCCAAGCCUUCCACCAGCGAUGUGACAACCAGGGCCCGACUGUCGUGGUUUCGAAGAGCCAGGGCGGCCACCUCUUCGGCGGCUUCACGGAGGUUGCGUGGGACUCAUCCGGCCAGUGGAAACACUCCGGGCAAUCCUUCCUGUUUCGUCUGUCCGGCCCCGGCGGCAUUCAGCCCUCCAAGCACCCGAUCUAUCAGAACCAUCAGAAUGGCGUACGGUGCCGCCCGAAUGAGUUUCCUCAGUUCGGCAGCGACAUGACUUUCAGCCAGAACGGUGGUCAGACAAAGGCAAGUUUCAACGACUUUGGCAAUACCUACAACCGCCAAACUGCGAGUGGAGCUGAUGGAAAGGUCGAGUAUUUGGCAGAGGCGCGGCAGGACGUGACUGUGGCUGACUUUGAGGUCUUCCAAUGCCAGUUUGAAUUUUCAGACUCCGCGUUGCUGGGUCCUGAUGCCUACGUACUGAUCUCCAUGUUGCCACCUGGCUACAGUUCCAACAAUCGUCGCCUUCUCUUCCGGGCCUCCCGCGAUGGGAACACGCCCCAAGCCUUCCACCAGCGGUGUGACAACCGGGGCCCAACCGUCGUGGUGGCUAAGAGCCAGGGCGGCCACCUCUUCGGCGGCUUCACGGAGGUGCCGUGGGACUCAUCCAACCAGUGGAAAUUCUCUUACCAAUCCUUCCUCUUUCGUCUGUCCGGCCCCGGCGGCGUUGAGCCCUCCAAGCACCCGAUCUAUCAGAACCAUCAGAAUGGCAUCUAUUGCUAUCCAGCCAGUGAGCCCGCCUUUGGUGGUGGCCAUGACAUGCUCAUCCAGAGCUCUCGAGUUACUUUCAACAUCGGAAACACUUACAAUCCGCAAAGCGUGCUUGGGAACGGAGGGAGCUUCAACUGCCUGGCAGAGUCCAAGAGUGCACAGCUCGUAGACUACGAGGUGUUUGCCUUACAGUAG